AUGGUGCUCCGGCGCCUUGAAAAUCAAGGGUCGAGGAGUCCUGGAGGGACAUUCGAGGCUGACAAGACCUACGUAGUGGAGCCUGACCGGGGCAAGUGGGUAGUCAAAUCGGCAUUAAGGAUCGUGAAGCAUGGUGGUGUGACCCCCAUAAAUCUCGGUAAAUCUCGGCUACUGCCCUGA